CGCUGCUAUGGCAUCAUCGGCCUCUGCUUGGUCCAUCAAGAUGACGAACGACGAGGAAUUGUCCAAUUUCAUAUCGCAGGACGACCAGAAGAAGUCUCUCAACGUUAUAUUUCCAGGUACAAAAUGGUGCGGUUCGGGUAAUAUUGCGACCAAUUACGAUGAUCUUGGAAAAAGCAGUGGAACCGACGCAUGUUGCAGGGCCCAUGAUUUAUGUUCGGACCAAGUGGAAGGUGGUGGGACUGCUCAUGGACUUAAAAACAAAGCUCCUUACACGCGGCUUAAUUGCAAGUGUGACAUUGAGUUUUUCAAUUGCUUGAGAAAUGAAGAAAACCAGGAAGAGACGGCAAAACUAGUAGGAGUCAUUUAUUUUGACGUACUUCAGACGCAAUGCUAUAAAUACGAGUACCCAGUUGUAAAAUGUACACAAAACGUUCUAAAACGAUGUUUAGAAUACGAAUAUAACACAACAGCAGACAAAAGUUGGCAGUGGUUCGAUGUCCCCUUGUUUUAGAAGAUGGAUAUCACUCUUAACCUGCAUCUUGUAUUUCUGUAUGGCUCCCUGUACCAAUUACAAACACAUUUCAUAUUUUUUUAAAUGAAAUUGUGUUCUGAAUAAUUAAAACAUAAUGUUAACACAAAGGAAGUGAGUUUUUGUGACAAGUGAUAUUAGAUUAAUAGAUUAAAUAAUACAUAAAAAAGCUAAUAAAGCUUCACUGUUACUUACAUUCCCAGCAU